CAGGGGUAAUGACUGGCCUGAAGCCUUUUGACCAUAUACCAGACCCUCCAUUGUAGGUGCUCUGUUAUCUGUGUGAUCCGUCUGAUAAUGCAGUACCUGAAGGAGAACAACCUCUAUCGAACCCUGAACACUUUACAGGAGGAAACCACCGUCUCACUCAACACAGUGGAGAGUAUUGACAGUUUCAUUGCAGACAUCAACAAAGGCCACUGGGACUCUGUCCUGUUAGCUAUAGAGUCCCUCAAACUGCCAGACAACACACUUAUAGACCUUUAUGAGCAGGUUGUACUGGAGCUCAUUGAAAUGAGGGAGGUGGGGGCAGCUCGCUCCCUCCUCAGACAAACUGACCCGAUGAUCAUGCUGAAGCAGACCCAGCCAGAGAGGUACAUGCACUUGGAGAGUCUGCUGACACGCUCCUACUUUGACCCGCGUGAGGCAUAUCCAAAAGGCAGCAGCAAGGAGAAACGUCGCAGGGCUAUAGCCCAGGCGCUGGUGAGGGAGGUCAGUGUGGUGCCCCCUUCUCGUCUCAUGGGGCUCUUGGAGCAAGUCAGUUCUCUAAAGUUGCAGCAGCACCAGGGUCACCUGUCCCCUGACGUGACCAUUGACACGUCUGGCAGCAAGGCUGUAGAGAGGCAUAGGGAAGAGGAAAACUUCCCAACCCAGCUCUACCGACACAUCAAGUUUGGACAGCGGUCACAUGUGGAAUGUGCCCGUUUCUCACCUGAUGGCAAAUACUUAAUCACUGGAUCAGUGGAUGGCUUCAUUGAGGUCUGGAACUUCAACACUGGAAAAAUCACUAAGGAUUUAAAGUACCAAGCCCAAGACAGCUUCAUGAUGAUGGAUGAUGCCGUGCUGUGUAUUUGCUUCAGUCAGGAUACAGAGCUACUGGCGACGGGCGCUCAGAAUGGCAAAAUAAAGGUGUGGAAGAUCCAGAGUGGCUUGUGUCUGCGCAGGUUUGAACACGCCCACAGCAAAGGGGUCACAUGUCUGAGCUUCUCCAAGGACAGCAGCCAGAUACUCAGUGCUUCCUUUGACCAGACCAUCAGAAUCCAUGAACUGAGAUCAGGCAAGACGCUCAAGGAAUUAAGCGGCCAUUCUUCGUUUGUAAACGAUGCGGCUUUCACUCAAGAUGGUAAUCACAUCAUCAGUGCCUCGUCUGAUGGCACAGUAAAGAUAUGGAAUGUGAAGACUUCAGAAUGCAUCCACACUUUAAAAUCUCUGUCAAGCACCUCGGAAACCCCCGUCAACAACGUGAUUCCUCUACCGCAAAACCCAGAGCACUUUGUGGUGUGUAACCACUCCAACACAGUGGUCGUCAUGAACAUGCAGGGUCAGAUUGUGAAGACCUUCAGCUCAGACAGACGGGAAGGAGGAGAGUUUGUGUGUUGCACUGUCUCACCCCGCGGGGAGUGGAUCUACUGUGUGGGAGAGGACUUGGUGCUCUACUGCUUCAAAUACGCGACAGGAAGGCUGGAGAGAACACUGACCGUCCAUGAGAAAGACGUAAUUGGCAUCGUCCACCACCCACAUGAGAAUCUGAUUGCCACGUACAGCGAGGAUGGCCUCCUGAGGUUAUGGAAACCUUAGACUGGCGCCCGCAUCGUAAUGCAUUGCAUCGUCAUGAUGUGUGCACCCGAUUCCUCGUGGAUCCAACUUAACCUGUGCAGUUUGAAUCUCCAGUUUCAUCUCUUCUUCCAUCUCUAGACAUGAAAAUGCAUGAUGGUGAACUGUCAUGAAAAAAAGAUUUGCAAUGAAACUGCCAUUUGUUUGGGCAUAAACAAACAAUAUCAGGUAAUUGAUGGGUCAGUGCUGGUUUUAAAUACUUUUGUAGCUGUAAUAUUGACUCAGUGAUACAGAUGUAAUGCCAUAGCUGUCUCAUGUGUUCCCUGCAUGCUACCUCAGUACACUGUCUAAAUAUCAGUACACAAGAAUACUUUAAGUAUCUCUUCAAGAUAUGCAUGACUGGUGAUAAAACCUCCAAAUGAAGCUCCAGUGACACUUGCUGUAUCCAGUGUAUUAAUAUUAACAGUGUAUUCAAUGUAGUUGCAACAUGACUGUCAGUUUGUUGCGUUGAGAUGCUGUAAUUGGUGUAGUACUUGUUUAUUAGUAUGAUCUGUAUGCCUGCAAGGUGCCGCGGUACUGCUGGUGCCGAUAUUUAUUAUUUGUACAAUCUGGUUACAUCAUCGUUGAAAACUGUUUGUUCGUUACAGACUGUACCUUGUAUAUAUCUUGUAUAACAUGGAAAAUGCCAACCACUGUCAAAACGAUUAACAAUAA